GAAUCUCCACGCAGCACAGAACAUAUUAAAAGAAUGGCUACUAAUUUGGUUAAUAAAUGGGGUCAACCAAUCCUUGGAAUCUCCGUUAACUACAAAGACAGACAAUUGCAGCGCGUUGAAUAUGAUCCUGAACAGAUAAGAGCACCGAUUCAUCAUACAAUUGAUGCUUCGGAAGAACGUCAAUCAUUACAAUCCACAUUUGAUUAUGAUGUUCUGCCACAAGCAAGAAUUCAAAUUGCACGUUCUAAAAAAACAGAUGACCCUUAUAGACAUCUGAAACAGACGAUGGCAAGAAUGC